AUAAGGAAACUUUUUAUUCUUGUCGUACAAGUUAUUUCCGCAGAGAAGGAGGAGUCAUCCGUAUAAUCUUCAUUUUUGCUAUAUAGAUCCUGUGUUUAUUGGCUACGACGCAUCUUCUGCUGGUGUGUCCCAUAUGUCAAACGACUGAAUAUAUUUUGCUUACGUGUACACAAAUCGCAUGUACGCAAGGGGCUAUAAUAAUUUGUAACUCGUCACUGUAAACACUACUAAACGCACAGAAUAAUUGUUUUUUCCCAUUUCAACGAUUGUGCAUUUCACAAAAUUUUGCAAUAAAAAUGACUGUCAAAUUGAAGCUGAAAGAUGUGAAGGAUAAACUGAAGGACGAUACUCUGGAUCUCAGUUUAUGCGAACUGGAAGAAGUACCUGUACGGGAAAUUGCAUCUCUCAGAAAAGCUACAAAUGUCAAUCUAUCGACCAAUCUGUUGGUCUCAUUACCAACCAAUUUUGUUACUUUAACACAAAUUGUAAAGUUGGAUCUUAGCAGAAACAUGUUGGUCGAACUUCCAGAAAAUUUUGGUGAAAUGACAAAAUUAAAAUAUUUGGAUUUAUAUGCUAAUAAGAUUAGUAGACUACCUCUAAGUCUAGGUGAAUUAAAAAUAAGGUGGUUGGAUUUGAAAGAGAACCCUUUAACUGAAGCUGUAGCUAGUGUUGCUGGACCAUGUAGUAAUAUACAUGAAUGUCGAGCAUGCGCUCGUAAUAUUGUUGAUUAUCUGUCUGCUGCUAAAAACCUUAUAGAAGAAAUAAAAUUACGUAAAUUAAAUAAUACAGAUGAAACAGAAAAGGAAAUGACAAGUACAAAGAAGGAGAGCAAGAAAAAAAAGAAGAAGAAUGCAGAAAAAGAGUUCAAGUCGAACGAAAAUAAAUCUGAUUCUCAAAUGCAAAAGAGCUGUCAAGACAAUAGCGAUAAUGCAAAAUUAGCAGAAUUACUGUCUGAUAAUAUGUGCACACACAAAUCCACAGGCACUGGAUUGUAUCGCUCUCUUACUUAUGUGAUUUUAUGGUUCUUCAUAAUUAGCUCAUUACUUACUAUAACGUUAGUAAUUCUUUCAUGGUAUUAUAAACAAGAAACAGAUAUCUUUCUACAGAAUGCACAAACACUGUCAGGUCUGCCAUUAAAACAUUAUCAUAAGCACACCGCAGAUUUGUUGCAACAUGUAAUAAAGGUAACUACUACACAGAUUAAAGUACUUGCUGAUGUUGUAAGUGAUUUUUAUAAAGCAGAAUUCAAUAAUAAUGUAAAUAAUGCAAGAAAAGAAUUAUAGAAAUUGGGAUGGAAGGCUUAUAUUUUGUUAUGAAGAGAAAUUGAUAAAAUUAAAGGAUAUUUAUAACAUUGAAACAAUUUACAA